CGUAGCGUGCAGGAGCAGCAGAUCUCCGCUCGGCUUACCGCUCGGUGCUUACAAAUUACAAUACCUAUUACAUCCUUGUAUAUUAUGGACUACUACUAGUGAAGAGUACCAAAGACUUAGGGCUCACGAACGAGCCACCACCCACCCUUCUCUGCUUCUAAAAGUUGAUUGAAGGGAAAAUGGCGUUAGCCUUCGAUGACUAUGGGCGGCCGUUCAUCAUAAUAAGGGAGCAAGAGCAGAAGACCAGAUUGAGGGGUUUAGAUGCACAGAAGGCCAACAUUUCGGCCGGCAAGGCCGUCGCUCGCAUACUCCGCACUUCGCUUGGCCCUAAGGGCAUGGACAAAAUGCUCUCCAGCCCUGACGGCGAUGUUACCAUCACAAAUGAUGGUGCAACAAUCCUGGAGCAGAUGGAUGUUGACAAUCAGAUUGCGAAGCUUAUGGUUGAAUUAUCCCGGAGUCAAGACUAUGAAAUUGGUGAUGGAACUACCGGAGUAGUUGUCAUGGCUGGUGCACUUCUUGAGCAGGCUGAAAAACUAUUAGAACGUGGUAUUCAUCCUAUUCGUGUUGCAGAGGGCUUUGAGAUGGCUUCAAGAAUAGCUGUUGACCAUUUAGAGCGUAUUUCUCACAAGUUUGAGUUUGGCAUUUCAAACAUUGAAUCUUUAGUCCAGACUUGCAUGACAACCUUAUCCUCAAAAAUUGUGAAUCGGUGCAAGCGCUCUUUAGCUGAGAUUGCUGUUAAAGCAGUUCUUGCUGUUGCUGAUCUGGAGCGGAAGGAUGUUAACUUGGACUUAAUUAAGGUUGAGGGCAAAGUAGGGGGGAAACUAGAAGACACAGAACUAAUUUAUGGCAUUCUUGUUGACAAGGAUAUGAGCCAUCCACAGAUGCCAAAGAGAAUUGAAAAUGCGAAAAUAGCUAUUCUUACCUGCCCUUUUGAGCCACCAAAGCCCAAGACUAAGCAUAAGGUUGACAUUGACACAGUGGAAAAAUUCCAAACCUUACGUCAACAAGAGCAGAAAUACUUUGAUGAUAUGGUUCAGAAAUGCAAGGAUGUUGGUGCAACCCUGGUUAUUUGCCAGUGGGGAUUUGAUGAUGAAGCGAAUCACUUAUUAAUGCAUCGGAACUUGCCUGCUGUACGAUGGGUUGGUGGAGUUGAGUUAGAGUUGAUUGCAAUAGCUACAGGUGGAAGAAUUGUGCCAAGGUUCCAGGAGUUGACACCUGAAAAGCUGGGAAAGGUAAUAUUGUAGCCUCUAUGGUCUUUGAAUCAGAUAAACAUUAUCUGUAAAUU